GUCUUGGUUUAUAAGUGGCGCCCCUUGGCUGUGGCGUAGUGGAUGAGCAGUCAGUGACGUCACCGCCCAGCUGUUCUUCACAAACAAGCCUUUGUUGUGAUCGUGUGUACUCCUGUCACUGCUCCUGUCUUGCCUCUCCUGUACACUCCUGAGGUAAUGUGGUGAUGCAACCAAGUGGGCUGGAUGGCAGAGUCCCAGUGUUCGUCUUUCCCCCAUCGCUUACCUUUUACGUUGCUGAUCAUACUAGUCACAAGCAAAUUGUGACCUUGUAUAACCCUUAUGAGUUUUGCAUCUCGUAUACAGUCCUGUGUAAUAACCCAUCCUGUUUCAACGUGGAUAGUCCGAAGGGCAUUGUUCGUUCAAAAUGUUCAUUGGACAUCAUUAUAACGCGAACAAAUCUCUCAUUAAGUGAGGCGAGUCUGAGGGAUAAAAUUCGCAUACAAAUAUGUGAAGAUGGAAAGAAAAAGGUACUGGGAAAGAAGGAUGUCCCAGCUGUGUUGCUGAGUGAUGUGCCAGAGCCACGUAGUGGGACUGAUAGUGACCAGUUCGUGUCCGUCCAUGCUCCCACACGCUCUGGUGUGGGGGAAGGAGCUACAGACAGAAUUUUUCUCCCACCGCACCAUCAAGGGAAUGCUGGUCCAAGCCUGGUGUUAGUUGCUGCUGCUACCAUUUGCCUUUGUGGGUUACUGGUGCCCACUGAGGGUGACUCGGCUGAUUCGAGAAUUCCUUCUUGCUUGCACCUGAACUCUAACAUCAAAAUUGUAUUAGCAUAUGUACUAGGUCUCUUGACAUAUGCUAUUUUAAGAGCAGGGUGACUUCUGAAGAUGGAAAUCCCGGGGCAUUGAAGAUCGCAGUGAUGCCGGGCCAUUUUAAAAUGCCGUACUAAAUGCCUUUUAUGUAUGAGUAUGUCUAAAGAAAGUGUCAGUGCAUAGGUCAUGUGAUAUAGUUCUCAAUGUAAAAUUAUGUAUUUUGUAUGUUUCAACUUGUCUGCAUGUUAUAAAAUUAGCUUGGUAGCAUGUUUCUAUGUAUUUGAGACGUUGACUAAUGAUGUACAUCUCGUGUAACUAUUUUAUUUUAAUACUAUUGAAUGAAAGUGUCUUUAGUCUCUUACAUUACUAUGUAUCGAUAAGAAAGUUUAUUUUGCUCAGAUUUUAUAUAAAUAUGCAGGUAUAAUGUGUAUAAUUUUGUACAUGUUUCUGUUGCUGUAAUCUAGGCAUGAUUUGUUUAACAAAGUAGUCUUGAUUUUUUUUUCAUAAUGUAUCCAAAAUGGAGUUCAAGAGAACAUAGAGUAAAGUGAGCAGGAAAGUGAGUUUACAUUUGUAACAUUUGUAGUAUCGAGUAGUUAGUCUGGUGAGGCUUCUCGGGAGACAAUGCCUCGACAUUGAUGCACUCGCUUGACAGCAACAUGCAGCAUAGACAAUGAGCUUGUGGCAUAUCAUGUGUAUCACUGUUGCAGUGGAAGUAUUGUAAUGGGGGUUUCAUUGGUGUGAGUGACUUGAGUAGAGCACUCAUUUUUUAAUAUGCUCUGAUACAUAUAUGCAAAUUUCAACACUCGUAUUAUGCAAUUAAUGUAUCUCGAUUUGUCUAUGUAUACUAACAUGUGUUAAAGUAAGGAAGCCAGCUGUUAGUAAAAUUUGCCCAAGAUGAAAUUAUUAAAAUUUUGUAGAAAUUGGGAAUAGAUAUAUGUAACUGGUCUUUUAUCAGAUUUUUAUGCAAUGCAGUUAAUCUUAAUAAAAAAAAUGCACAAUA